AUUGAUUAAGUGUCAUUAUUCAUUGUUGUUAUACGUGAUUAUAAAAAUAACAAAGAAUUACUAGAUUCUUAAUUAAUAUUACAUAUUCAUACAUGUGAUAACAACGCGAUUUAAUUGAUCAAUCAUAACUAUAUUUACUAAAAAUGUUGAAUAACGUAUUACUUUCUUCGGACGUCGCGCUAGUUUGUGUUCAACAUGCGUUGUCCACAGAAAAAGAAGAAAUUAUGGGUCUUCUUAUCGGGGAGGUACACAACAAAGGUACCAUGGUUUCUAUAGUAUCUUCUGUGAUAUUACGACGUUUGGAUAAAAAGCCCGAUCGCGUUGAAAUAUCUGAAGAACAGUUAGUGCAAGCUACUCUGCGUGCUGAAGAAUUAGCAGCUGAAGUCAAUCGGCCUCUAAGGGUAGUAGGAUGGUACCAUUCCCACCCUCAUAUCACAGUAUGGCCUUCACACGUUGAUCUUGCUACACAGUCUAUGUAUCAGAGAAUGGACAGCAGCUUUGUUGGACUCAUAUUUGCAGUAUUUCUCUCAGAUCAGACAACAAAGGCCCCUUCGAUUCAAAUAACCUGUUUCCAAUCUAUAAAUGAAGGUUCAACUCAGAGUAGAAAAGAAAUCAAAUUGGAAAUAAUAAAUAAUAAUGACCCUUUAUUGUCAAACAAUUUUGAGACAUUGACACAACUGCCAGCAAUACUAAAAGAGGAGGAAGAUGAAGCUUUUGGUAGUAAAGCAGAUCCAAAUGAUAUUGAUGAUAUAAUAAACAGACAACAUAAUGCAGCUGUCAGAACUAUAGCAAUUGGACACAUAGUUGAUAAGAUGUCCAGACCCAUGUUGGAAGGUCUUGUGGCAAGAAAUACUCUGAAUAUGGUACGCUUGAAAGCACUAAAAAGGCAACACCAAGAAAUGAUGUCUAAGCUAGAGAAUAUGUCUUGUAAUGUUUAAUUUCUUUUGUUAGUUUUUAUUGAUAUGUCACUUAUAAACCUUUUAUGUACUCAUCAUUCAUUGUUACUGAUGGUUGAAUGUUCACACACAUUCAUUAAACUUAGUCAAAACAUGUGCAAUGUUACAAAAAUCCCAUAAAUGUUAAAACUUGAUUAACCUUUUGACCACCAGUGCUAUUUAAUUUAAUAUUUAAUGAAACUCCAAAACACCAAACAUAAUAUUGACAACAUCAGGUUCGAAUUUUUGUUAGUGAAAUCGUAGAAUGGGAUAUAGCCGACUUUGUGAUGACUUGUUAGGAUGACUUUAUAGUCAACCCUACCCUAGCACUCCCACCCACUAAUACCACACCCGAGACAAAGUAACAUACUAUUUUCUAGUUUUCAUAUUCUAAUUUAUUUAAUGUAUGCUUUGUUUAAAAAGGCUAUGUUACAAUCAGCUAACUAGUUAGAUGUUGAGUGACGCUUCGCCAGUCACGACUACGUGGCAGACCUUGUGACUCUAUUUUAAUUACAUUCACUUUUUUUCUUUAUAUUCCUCUAUAUUUACAUUAGAUGACAAAAUCUUUACAAUUCUAGAAAAAUAACUAAAUGUAUUCUUAGCUUGGUGCUGAGGUCUUCACUUUUAUAACAUGGCAGUCAAAAGGUUAAACCUGUUAGGUACUCAUAUUUGGAAUAGUAAAUAGUAAUGUAAAUCAGUUCCAUUUGUAUCUACAUUUUGAAGAUGUAAUCUUUUUCAAUGGUGUUACUUCCAACUCUUUACCCUUACUUUUUUAAGAUAAUUUUACCAAGUGAUUCUCAAAAAAUAAAGAAGUAAAAUAUAAUGACACAAACAACACAGUUAACACAAUAUGUGAGCUUAUUAAAAUUACUUUUUUGUCUA